UGGAGAGCCGUUUCACUUCGGCGGAUCGCCCCGUGGCCAUGCGCGACACCUGGGUCGUCUUGCCUCUGGUACUUACCUCUGUCGCUGGAUUAUGGUCCAAAAGUGUUAAUGCCCAAGUGACUGAUAUUAACCCCAAGGGGUUGGAAUUGGGGAAAAAUAUUACUAAAAUCAAGAUUCGGAGUGUGGAUGGUCAGCAUCACGAGGACCAAUUGUGCCAAAAGUUUUGUCCUCCUGGCUUUCGUAAAGAAAAGGAAUGCACAGCCGAUGGGGACGAGCCAGUCUGCGUGUCUUGCCAAGAAGGGAAGGAGUACACCGACAAAAAUCAUUUUUCUUCUAGAUGCAGAUUAUGCAGAUUUUGUGAUGAAGGACAUGGCUUAGAAGUGGAAAAAAACUGUACCCGGAUCCAGAAUACCAAGUGCAGAUGUAAAUCAAACUUUUUUUGUAACGCUUCUGUAUGUGAACACUGUGACCCUUGCUCCAAGUGUGAACAUGGAAUCAUAGAGAAAUGUACACUAACCAGCAACACCAAAUGCAAACAGAAUGGAUCCAGCUCUAAUUUGUUAUGGCUGUGUAUCCUGCUUCCAAUUCUAGGAAUUAUUGCUGCUUGGGUGCUGAGAAAACAUAAGAAGUGCAGCAAUAAAAACCAAGGUCACCAAGAAUCUAAAAUGGAAAUAGUGCCAAUUAAUUCAUCUGAUGUUGACUUGAGUGAUUACAUCACUACUAUUGCUGAACUCAUGACAAUAAAACAAGUUAAAAAAUUUGUUCGAAAGAAUGGUGUGGAUGAAACCAAAAUAGAUGAGAUCAUGAAUGACAAUCUCCGAGAUACAGCUGAACAGAAAGUCCAGCUGCUUAAUACCUGGUAUCAAGUCCAUGGGAAGAAAGAUGCCUAUAACACACUGAUUGAUAAUCUCAAAAAAGCCAAUCUUUGUGCUGUUGCAGAUAAAAUUCGGGACAUAGUUCGGAAGGACAUUACUAGUCGCCAUGAAAAUUCAAACUUCAGAAAUGAAAAUGAAAGCCAAAGCUUGGUCUAA